GGUUGGUGACACAUUUUAUUUUUGAUAUUUUCUUGUUUGGUUUUUCUUCUUCUUUCCCAAUGGUGAUAAUACUUUAUCAGCCUUUGUACAUCACUUCUACUUUCUUGAUUUUUCUUUCUUUGAUUCUUGUUGUACCAGUUUUAUCUGUUGAUCCUUUUACACAAGCACUCUUGAGCUUAAAAUCUGAUAUUCUUGAUAAUUCCAACAGUCUAAGUGAUUGGAUUUUGCCUUCUAAUUCUACUACUGAUAGUAGAAUUCAUGCAUGUUCUUGGUCUGGUGUGAAGUGUAAUGGAAAUUCAUCUUUGAUCAUUGGUUUGGAUAUUUCAGUUAAAAAUCUUGGUGGAGUUUUUUCAGAUAAUCAGUUUAGUGUUUUUAGUGAUCUUGUUGAUCUAAAUUUGAGUCACAACUCAUUUUCUGAGAAACUACCUGUUGGGAUUUUCAAGUUGACUAAUUUAAAAAGCUUGGAUAUUAGCAGGAACAAUUUUUCUGGUCAUUUCCCAAGUGGGAUAUCAAAUCUUGAUUCUCUUGUGAUUCUUGAUGCUUUUAGUAACAGCUUUUCAGGUCCUUUGCCUAAAGAUGCUUCAGAAAUUGAGUCACUCAAGGUACUGAAUUUUGCAGGGAGUUAUUUUAGUGGACCAAUCCCUUCUGAGUAUGGCUCAUUCAAGAAUCUUGAUUUCAUUCACUUAGCUGGAAAUUCACUAAGUGGUAAAAUUCCACCAGAAUUGGGGAUGUUGAAAACAGUUACUCAUAUGGAGAUUGGUUAUAACUCAUAUGAAGGAAGCAUUCCUUGGGAAUUUGGGAAUAUGAGUAAACUUCAGUAUCUUGAUAUUGCUAGCGCAAACUUAUCUGGUUCGAUACCGAAAGAGCUCAGUAAUGUCACAAAUCUUGAAUCACUUUUCUUGUUCAGAAACCAACUUAGUGGUAAAAUUCCAUGGGAGUUUGGAAAACUCAUAUCAUUAUCAAGUUUGGAUCUUUCUGAUAAUUUGCUUUCAGGUCCAGUCCCUGAGAGUUUCUCAGAGUUGAAAAAUAUAAAACUUCUUAGUCUUAUGUACAAUGACUUAAGAGGAACUGUUCCUGAAGGAAUUGCUAAGCUUCCACUUCUUGAUUCACUUAAUAUAUGGGACAAUUUUUUUUCAGGUUCACUGCCAAAAGACUUAGGCAAAUAUUCAAAGCUGAAAUAUUUAGAUGUUUCAACAAACUAUCUUGUUGGUAGCAUUCCACCAAGUAUAUGUUCAAAUGGGGUGUUAGAAAGGUUGAUUCUUUUUUCUAAUAAUUUCACUGGUGGACUUUCUCCAUCACUUUCCAAUUGUUCCUCUCUUGUUCGAAUCCGUAUAGAAGACAAUUCAUUCUCAGGUGAUAUCUCUUUGAACUUUAGCAAUUUCCCUGAUUUGUCAUAUGUUGAUAUGUCUAGAAAUAAGUUCAGUGGAGGGAUUCCUAGUAAUAUCGCCUUAGCUUCCAAGCUUCAAUACUUCAAUGUGUCUGAUAAUCCAAAUCUUGGAGGCAUAAUCUCGGAAAAGACAUUGUCUUUGUACUCAUUACAGAAUUUCUCAGCUACCAAUUGUAGCAUUUCAGGAGAUUUUCCUCCUUUUGGAUCCUGCAAAUCCUUACUGGUUCUUGAAUUGAGUAUGAACAAUGUUUCCGGGAUUAUCCCACAAAGUAUAAGCAAUUGCCAAAAUCUUGUGAGCUUAGACUUGGCCAACAAUAACUUAACUGGUCAAAUACCUGUUGAACUUGCUGCCCUUCCUGUUAUUAGUGUUGUAGACUUGUCACACAAUAGUUUUAGCGGUUCAAUUCCGGCCAAGUUUGGAAGCUCUUCCAGCUUACAACUUCUCAAUGUGUCCUUCAACGAUCUCUCAGGUUGGAUUCCUUUUAAGACGGUGGAUAGUAGCGCCUUUUUGGGUAAUCCUAAGCUUUGUGGGACCCUCUGGGAGCCUUGUCGUGGACCGAACAUACUAGAGUCAGGAAGCAGAAGGACACAAAAGCUGGCUUGGGUUCUUAUAACCUGUGGCAUCAUAGUAUUGGCUAUUACAGCUGCAGUUUUUGGUGUAUUUUACUUCAGAAGAAGAGGUAAAGGGCAGUGGAAAAUGGUUUCUUUCAGUGGACUUCCUCAGUUUACAGCGAAUGAUGUUUUGAGGAGCUUCAAUUCUAUCGAAGAAGCCACAGAGAUGGUGCCGCCUUUAGGAGGUUCUGAUUGUUGCAAAGCUGUUUUGCCAACGGGAAUUACCGUCUUGGUGAAGAAGAUUGAAUGGAGACCCGAGAGAAUGAAUGUUAUGUUGGACUUGAUAUCGAGGAUGGGCAAUGCAAGGCACAAGAAUUUGACCAGAUUGUUGGGAUUUUGCUACAACAAACGUAUGGCUUACCUGUUGUGUGACUACUUGCCUAAUGGAAAUUUGGCAGAAAGGAUCAGGACGAAGAGAGAUUGGGCGACCAAGUAUAAAAUCAUCUUGGCAAUUGCUAGGGGACUGUGUUUCCUCCAUCAUGAUUGCGACCCCGCGAUUCCUCAUGGGGAUUUGAAGGCAAAUAACAUUGUGUUUGAUGAAAACAUGGAACCUCAUUUGACCGAAUUCGGGGUUAAAUUCUUGAUUCAAUUAAAUAAUGGACCAUCGGUAGCAAGAGUUGGAAAUGAAGCAGGUGAAAUCGAACGAGCUAUAAAGGCAGAACUUCACAGGGACAUAUACAACUUUGGUGAGGUCAUUCUUGAAAUCUUGACAAACGGAAAGCUGUCAAAUGCAGCGACAAGCUUACAGAACACCUCGAAGGAGGUUCUUUUGAGAGAGAUUUUGGAUGAGAAUGAUGUUGCUCCAUCGAUCUCGGUCCGAGAGGAAAUAAAACUGGUUCUUGAAGUUGCUUCACUUUGCACCAGAGCUAGACCCUCGGAUAGGCCAUCAAUGGAAGAAGCAUUAAAACUUGCAUCUGGUUUGAAGAAACAAGGCUAAUAAUGUUCUUGAACUAGAGUAUGCCAAUAUUUAGACAUGAUUAGAUAAUUAUGAAGCAUAAAUAUAUUGUAAAGUAUCUUUGUUUAUUUCAGUUGAUUUGUGUUAAGAAGUUGAUGUGUUUUUUUGUCAGGAAUAGAGUGUUUUGAUGUAAAGGAAUAUGUAAGUAUGUUCUGUCCGCAGCAAUAUUAAGUCUGCUAUAUU